CCGGCCCGAGCGCGGCGCCCGCAGCGGCGGCUCUGGCUGUCAGCAGCGCCCGGAGCGGCCAUGGGGCAGCGCGGCCGCCGGGGCCCCUGAGACCCGCCGCGCCCCGGCCCGGCCCGGCGCGGCCCCGGCGCCGCCAUGGAGCUGGAGCCACCCGCAGAGCUCCCGGAGCCCCGCGCCGCCGCCGCUAAGGGGCCGCCCCGCAACGGAUUCUGUCGAGAUCCUCCCACAGAGCACGAUUCAUCCACUACUACAGAUGUGGAGCAGAUGAGUUCUUCCUCUCCUGUCCUUCCUAUGAACUCCAUGGGCAAUGAGCGGGUGGAUCAGCGAACCUGCCUGAUCUGCGGGGACAGAGCUACGGGGCUGCACUAUGGGAUCAUCUCCUGCGAGGGCUGCAAGGGGUUCUUCAAAAGGAGCAUCUGCAACAAGCGGGUUUACAGAUGCAGUCGAGACAAGAACUGCGUCAUGUCACGCAAACAGCGCAACAGAUGCCAGUACUGCCGGCUGCUCAAAUGCCUCCAGAUGGGGAUGAACCGAAAAGCAAUCAGAGAGGAUGGCAUGCCCGGAGGCAGAAACAAAAGCAUCGGACCUGUCCAGAUAUCAGAGGAAGAGAUUGAGAGAAUUAUGUCUGGGCAAGAAUUUGAGGGAGAGGCAAACAUGUCAUGGAGCAACAACGGAGACAGUGACCAUAGUUCCCCUGGAAAUGGAGUUUCUGAGAGCAACCAGCCUUCACCUGUUUCUACUCCAUCUUCAAGGUCCGUGGAGCUGAAUGGAUUCGCUGCACUCAGGGAUCAGUAUAUCGGGACGCCGGUGUCCACGCACUAUCAGUACCUCCCGCACCUUUUUAGCUAUUCUGCUCACUCGGCUCUGAUGCCCCCCCAAACGCGCAGCCUGGACCCCCAGUCGCACAGUCUUAUCAAUCAGUUAGUGUCAGCGGAGGACCUGGAGCCGCUCGGCACACCGAUGCUCAUUGAGGACGGGUAUAAAGUGACUCAGGCAGAGCUGUUUGCGUUGUUGUGUCGUCUGGCGGAUGAAUUGCUUUUCAGGCAGAUUGCUUGGAUCAAGAAGCUGCCGUUCUUCUGCGAACUCUCCAUCAAGGACUAUACCUGCCUGCUCAGCUCUACAUGGCAGGAGCUAAUCCUGCUCUCCUCGCUGACUGUUUACAGCAAGCAGAUCUUUGGUGACCUUGCAGACGUCACCUCCAAGUACUCUCCCUCUGACGACGAGCUGCACAGAUUCAGUGAAGAGGGAAUGGAGGUGAUGGAGCGGUUGAUCUACCUCUUUCGCAAAUUUAACCAGUUGAAGGUCAGCAACGAGGAGUAUGCGUGUAUGAAAGCCAUUAACUUCCUAAAUCAAGACAUCAGGGGUCUGACUAACGCGUCCCAACUGGAGCAGCUGAAUAAGCGGUAUUGGUAUGUUUGCCAGGACUUCACGGAGUACAAAUACCCACACCAGCCAAACCGUUUUCCGGAUUUAAUGAUGUGUUUGCCAGAGAUACGAUAUAUUGCAGGAAAAAUGGUGAAUGUCCCCCUGGAGCAGCUGCCUCUCCUUUUUAAGGCCGUUCUACAUUCCUGCAAGACGAGUGUGAGCAAAGAGUGAGCCCAGCUCACCCUGGCCGGUGCCUUACGCUGCGCCUCAGGCAGGGAGCUGGCUCACCCCGGGAGAGGGGCAAACGCGAUCCAGGCAGGAGACGGGGCGGUGGGUGUCCCUGCCAUUGUAGCAAGAAUCUUUUUUGUUUGUUUUUGUUUUUUUACUCUUUUUCCUAUAUAUUUAUUUCACGACAGAGUUGAAUGUAUGAUCUUCAACACAAUGCACAUGGUUCUGUAUGAAUGCAGCAGAUGCAUUCUCCAGUGGUUUACAGAAUGUGAAGAUGUUUAAUGUUACAGUGUUUGUUAGGGUUAGUUCUUUUGUAUUUGGGGCUGGGGACCGAGAUGACUAAGACUACCUCAAGGAGAAGAUGCUGUUCGCGCACUGCUCUUUCCAUGAUUUGUAUCCAAAAGCGUUUGUCGUAGAGAGCAAACGGCCUCACCACACCAACAGAGCUGUUAGUAUCCCAAAUGGACGAUUUUGGAGAAGUGGGUGUUAGAGAAGUGCCAAGCUUUUUUUCUUUAAAUAUAAUAAUAAUUUUAAAAAGGCAGGGAGUGGAGAAGAAGGAAAAGUCUGUCUAGCCAGUUGGUUUCUUUUCCCCUGGCAGUUUUCAGAUGCAGGUGGUAGCUCCUGCGGUUUCCCCAAAUCCUGCCCCAGCGGGAUCGUAGUGCUCCCGAGCUGCGAGGGGCUCGCUGCCCCCGUCCCCUCCUGGGAGCUGCAGGAGUGGGCUCUGCCCCCAACCCCAGCCUGACCAGCUGGCCUCUCACUGUUGCUGCACACCUGUCCAUUCGACUGAAAUUGCGUUGCUGCAGUUGGUAGCAGGCUCCUGGUGUUACACAAAGGUACUCUUGUUGCUAGAGAACUGCAAGUAAUUUCUCGUCACUUCCUUAACAUCCAUUUUAGGUUCACAAAAGCAGGAAAAACCUACUUAGAGAGGAGGCAGGAUUGCCUCUUUUAGUCUAUUCCUCCAAGGUGGUAUCUGACUACUGAGGAGGCUUCUGCAUUGCAGCAAUCCCAAGCAGCCCGUUUGUGGGGACAGUUAACGUACCCUGUGGUUAAAUGUGACCUGUGUAAUGGGGAUAGGGGACUCCAGUGUCCUCUGGCCUGGCUUUCUCCGCUGGACUCGGGGAAUGCAUGAUCCAUAGUCAUAUUCUGCCAGGACUGUUCUGCUGCUUGUGGAAUCCCUUCUUACCAGGAAGAAUGGUAUGAAUGCAGUACUUGGUAAACUGUUCUGUCCUAGGUGUUGCAAGGCUUGGAUUUUCCAUCUCGCAACCUCCACACCACUCUGCUGCAUGGAGAACUGGUUUAAUCAUAGAAUCCUAGAAUGGUUUUGGUUGGAAGGGACCUUAAAGAUCACCUCGUUCCAAGCCCCCUGCCAUGGGCAGGGACACCUUCCACUAGACCAGGUUGCUCAAAGCCCCAUCUGACCUGGCCUUGAACACUUCCAGGGAUGGGGCAUCCACAACUUCUCUGGGCAACCUGUUCCAGUGCCUCACCACCCUCACCAGGAGGAACUUCUUCC